AUGAUACGAGACAUUCACCUCUCCCCUAGCGAAGAGCUAUCACUCAUCAUAGAGUAUACCAGCAACGAAUCAAAGAAACUUGCUCAACGGCUUCAAAACGCAUAUAUCAACAAACCCACUGAAGGCGUGGAGAUACUAUGGCAAAAACUUAGCCAGCGGUUUGGUUCCAACGCGGUUAUAACUGAAGUACAUUUGAACAAACUGAAAGAUCUGCCGAAAAUCGGAUUUAGAGAUAACAAGAAACUCCAAGAACUCGGAGAUUUGCUCUUAGAAUUACAGUGUGCUAAGAACGACGGCGGAUACAGAGGCCUCAGAAUCCUCGACGAGCCCGCUUACAUUAAACCUGUCAUUGCGAAGCUCCCUGGCGAUAUCCAAAGCAGAUGGCAAAAGCACGCCUUUCGAUAUAAGAAACAAUACGCCGAGGUGGACUACCCGCCAUUUUCCGAGUUUGUCACCUUCAUCCAGGAGUUGUCCCUCGAAAGAAACGAUCCUAACCUGAUCAUAGAGAUUCCCGAUUAGUCAAGCUCUUAAAAAGAUUGAAAUCUUUGUUGAGGGCUUUCUUUCGUCCCCAAAUGGAGAUUCGUAUGGACUGGUGGAGUAUUUAGUCGCUGACGAGGGGAAAUUAAAGUGGUUGGGCUCUCUGGAGGACUUAAAAUUGUUUAUAGAAUCUUCGCUUCGCAUCGACGGUAGAUGGUCAUCACCGGGUGGCAACGCCAAAAAAUUUACGCUCACAUCAGUCGAACCUGAUCAGCAGUUUGGCUUCGUUUGGUAUUGCAGAAAGCAGAAUACGAUAGUGUUUCAGGGCGAUCCUGAGAGCGUUGAAGCAGAGAAAUCAAAACUUAUAUCGAUUGCAAACAAACAUGUAAACAAAGAGACUACAUCGAUCGCGGUGAGUGAACAGUUAUUUGAUCAGAUGGACCUACAAGUGCGUGGAGUUGAUUGUGAUGGUCCUGAUCGGCGGGAGCAAGACCUGAACGUAACUUUAGUGGUUAAUGAAGAGAGCCAGACUGAAUAUACUUCGAGUUUAAUAAAUGGAUCAUCGACUCAGUAUCCAUGUGCGUGUACAUGUAGUCAAGGUGAAAUUAUUGCAGAAAUAGAGGGUAUUAAGCUAGAUUUGGCGAUCUUUAAGUCGCAGUCUUGUUUUGGUACAGAUAAUCAAUAUGAUUCUUUGCAAUCUAACAUUAAGUCAUUGCAAUCUACACAGAAAUCCCUUAAAAAUAUUAUGAAAACUCAAGACGAGACAAUAAAUUCACUUCAACAAGAAAUAUUUGUAUUUAAGUCCAAGCUUUUGUCCUUGGAAACGCUAUUGUUUAAUGUUAAUCCUCAAUUGAACGCACUUGAUCUUGAUAGCCAGAUACAAUGCACUGCGAAAGUAAAUCCCCAAGGGUCCAAUAAUGAUGUUGGAAAGAGUAAUUGCGAAAUACUAUUACCCACGCACUCGAAUAAUAAUCAGUCUACCAACGAAAAUCUACCAUCUGAAAAUUGUAUGACGAUUUGUAGUUCGCCAAAAAGUUAUUUUAAUAUUAAUGCUAAUGACCCUUCUCCACUUGUGAGUGAUGUUGUCCCUGUCCCACCUGCGAGUAACGCAGACUUAAUGCCCAAAAGUUCUCUUGGUGUAGAAGUUAAUGUCUCUGUCCCAAAUGUGAGUGAUGCAAACUUACCGCCAACCAAUGAGAUGCAAGUUCCCAAAAAUGAAACGCCUUGUCCGUUUAUUUUGCGGCGUGGCUGGUGCUUAAAAGGUGAGCAGUGCGACUUUUCUCAUCGAAAUAUGGUUAAUAAUGAUCAAGCUCGCCAGCAUUCCAACGAUAAAAAAGGCUCCAUAUUUUGUCCGUUUCUACGUAAGAAGGGCUAUUGUUUGAAAGAAUCCAGAUGUGAUUUUUCCCAUGUCGAAUCCUAUUCGUAUCCAACUGGAAAUCAUCCGGUAACAAAUGAUAACUUACAAUGCCCCCAAUUACAUCCUUUUUUAGGAAGUCACGACCUACAAAAUAUUCCGACUUUGAUGCGCCAACUCGAAACAAGAUUACAGAGUCUCGA